UUCCUGCAGCACUGAUUGAAAUCUUGCUAUAUCUUAUAUUACAAUGAAGUCCAUUGAGGAUCAAGUUGUCCAGGAAGAACCAGGAUUCCAGGAUGAUGAGGAGUCCUUUUUCCAGGACAUCGACCUGCUACAGAAGCAUGGAAUUAAUGUGGCUGAUAUCAAAAAGCUGAAAACAGUGGGAAUUUGUACCAUCAAAGGAAUUCAGAUGACAACUAGGCGGGCACUAUGCAGUGUUAAGGGACUCUCAGAGGCCAAAGUGGAGAAGAUAAAAGAGGCAGCCAACAAACUUAUAGAACCAGGAUUUUUGACAGCUUUUGAGUACAGUGAGAAACGUAGGAUGGUGUUCCAUAUCACCACUGGAAGUCAAGAAUUUGAUAAACUCUUGGGUGGUGGAAUUGAAAGCAUGGCAAUUACUGAAGCCUUUGGGGAAUUCCGAACCGGCAAAACUCAGCUUUCCCACACUCUUUGUGUAACAGCCCAGCUUCCUGGAACGGAUGGCUAUACUGGUGGGAAGAUUAUUUUCAUUGACACAGAAAACACCUUCCGUCCAGACCGUCUUCGUGAUAUUGCUGAUCGCUUCAAUGCAGACCAUGAUGCAGUUCUUGACAAUGUAUUAUAUGCACGGGCAUAUACAAGUGAACAUCAGAUGGAAUUGCUUGAUUAUGUUGCUGCCAAAUUCCACGAGGAGCCAGGCAUUUUCAAACUAUUGGUAAUUGAUUCCAUUAUGGCGCUAUUCCGCGUAGACUUCAGUGGUCGGGGGGAACUGGCUGAAAGGCAACAGAAGCUUGCUCAGAUGCUGUCAAGGCUUCAAAAAAUAUCAGAAGAAUAUAACGUGGCUGUGUUUAUAACUAACCAGAUGACUGCUGACCCGGGAGCAACAAUGACCUUUCAGGCUGAUCCCAAAAAGCCCAUUGGGGGCCACAUCCUCGCUCAUGCUUCUACAACAAGAAUUAGUUUGCGUAAAGGAAGAGGAGAGUUGCGUAUUGCCAAGAUAUAUGAUAGCCCAGAAAUGCCUGAAAAUGAAGCCACAUUUUCAAUAACUGCCGGAGGAAUUGGAGAUGCCAAAGAAUAGGCAGAACUUGGGGGUGAACAAUGGAAGGCACGCCCACAAGCUAAA